AUGGUGUCGGCUUCGCCAACCGAAAUAUUUCAUUCAACUACCCAGACAUCUCGCCAGUAUCACGUUGAUGCAGAAAAGCAGGAGCUGCAGACGGAGACUAAAGACGACAUCUUUCCAAAGUUGAACAAGACUCAAAAAAUCAUUGUGGAAUGUCUGAGGGAGAUUUGCCCCUUCCAAUCAGUUCCUGAAAUCCUUCCCGACAGCGACUUUCGGGAAUUCCUCCAGAAAGGCGGUUUGGACAGCCCGAGCAUGCUGAUCUACAAGGCAAAAUUGGAGGCAAGACUUUCUUUGAAAUCCCUAAUACCGAUCACAUGUCUCCUCCAAGCCCAAACUGUAAAGGCGCUGGAAACCGAGAUCAUGAAAGUCUCGGUAGCAAGUAACCGCAGUCUACUGCUUCCUUUCACCACCAAAGGAACCCAAACACCGCUGUUUCUCUUCCCGCCAGGAGGCGGCGAGCUACACUGCUGGAUAGAGCUGGCUAGCCGUCUUCGCAAUCGGCCUCUGUACGGGCUCAGAUUGCGCGGCUUGCAACCUGGCGAGACGACAUUCGAAAGCAUUGACGAGUUGGUGGAAUGCUUUCUCGAAGAGAUACGACAGGUGCAGCCUCAUGGCCCUUAUGCAUUAUUGGGCAUGUGUUUUGGCGGAAAUAUCGCCUUCGAAGUCGCCAAAGCAUUAGAAGCCGCGGGAGAGGUGGUAGCAUUUGCUGGAGGUGUCGACAAUGCACCAAACAUCCUGAAAAUGAGUUUCGCAACGCUACGCUUUUUUAUCGUCGACCUACUAUCGACAAGACGCCUGAUCACGCCUUUGGAAGCAGGUCAAAUGAAGGACGGUUUACGUGACCAGGACCCUGCCUCGUUUCCCCGACUUGUCAUGCGUCGUUUCCGCACCCGUCUCCAAUCUGCAGGCGUCACUCUCGAGAGACUCGAAUCCUGGCACCGAGUCUUUUACGGCAACGUUCGCAUGGCUGAGGGGUAUCUUCCGCAAGGCAAAAUCGCAAGCUACACGUCUUUUAGGGCCAAUCCACUGUCGGAAUGGGGUGUAUCCGAGGCCGAAUGGGAGAUACGCGUUCGGGAAUGGGAGGACUACUCUCAUUCAUCAACUUUCCAUUUUGUGGGGGGUAAUCAUUAUACGGCGCUAACCAAGGAUCACGUUGAUGACUUUGUGACUUUGUUGGAUUACGAAUUGAAGCUCCAGGGGGUGUAG